AUGAGGGGUGUGCUGCUCGCCGCCCUUCUGGCUUUGGUCUUGGUGCCCAGGGCCCGGGCCGCGUGGCUGGGGAGGCUGGACCCUCGGCAGCUCCUGGGGUCCUGGUACAUUCUCGCCGUGGCCUCGGGGGAGAAGGACUUUGUGGUGGAGAAGGCCACAAAGAACAUCGAGGGGGUCGUGGUGACCCUCACGCCAGAGAACACCCUGAAGAUGCUGUCCUCCCGGCACAGGCUGGAGAGAUGCCACCUGCAUGCUGUGGAACUGCUGAAACAAAAUUCCAGAUGGGUGUUCGGGAAUCCCUCCCUGGGUGUGCUGGAGUACCGGGUGCUGGGCACCAACUUCAGGGACUAUGCCAUAGUGCUCACGCAGCUGGAGCUCCAGGACGAGGCCUUCAGCACCGUGGAGCUGUACAGCCGCACGGAGCUGGCCAGCCAGGAGGCCAUGGGCCUCUUCACCAAGUGGAGCAGGAGCCUGGGCUUCCGGUCCCAGCAGCAGGCCAAGCUGCAGAAGGACCUCACCUGUGCACACAAGGUCUUCCAGGGUCCCUCUGGCCCGGAGGUGGGAGCUGGGCUGGAGGCAGCUGCUCCUCCCGCAGGGCUCACGACGGCCCCGGGCAGGCAGGAGGCUGGCCCGCUCAAUUUGGAGGAAGACCCUGUGAUCUGGAUGAAGUGCUGGCUCGCGGCUGCAGGCUGGCCGGACACCCACGCAGGGCUGGUGGCCUGGGACAUUUAA